UUGCGGUAUUCGACUUGUUAUGCGCGACGAACGGUCACGCCACGUUUUUUCGUCCCUUCGCCUGUUUUGUUCGGCGAAUUUCUCUUUCAGGUUCUGUGCGCCUGUGUCAUUCGACGUGCCGAAAUCAUGUCUAGAUACAGUCAAAGACCCGAGAACGCGUUAAAACGCGCCAAUGAAUUCUUGGAGGUCGGAAGGCCCGGCAGGGCCCUCGACACCCUGUACGAGGUGUUCAGGAACAAAAAAUGGGCAUAUAACUGGAGUGAGAGCGUUCUGGAACCGAUCAUGUUCAAGUAUCUGGAGUUGUGUGUCGACCUUAAGAAGUCGCAUAUCGCUAAAGAGGGAUUGUUCCAGUACCGAAACAUGUUUCAGUCUGUCAAUGUCGGAUCUUUGGAGAAUGUCAUUCGUGGCUACUUAAGAAGUGCCGAAGAGCGGACAGAGGCUGCCAGAGAACAGUCUCAACAAGCUGUUGUUGAUAUUGAUGACUUGGAUAAUUUGGCUACUCCAGAAAGUAUACUUUUAAGUGCUGUUAGCGGAGAAGAUGCACAAGACCGUAGUGACAGAACAAUAUUAACACCAUGGGUUAAAUUUUUAUGGGAGUCUUACUGUCAAUGUUUGGAACUUUUGAGAACUAAUGCCCAUGUGGAAACUUUGUAUCAUGACAUAGCUAAAAUGGCUUAUCAAUUUUGUUUAAAAUACAACCGUAAAACAGAAUUCAGAAAGUUAUGUGAUAAAUUACGGAAACAUCUUGAAGAUAUUGCUAAAUUACCUCCUCAAACUGUUAAUGUUAGCCUUUCAAACCCAGAAACACAACAAUAUAAUUUAGAAACUCGUUUAUGUCAAUUAGAUUAUGCUAUUCAGAUGGAAUUGUGGCAGGAAGCAUAUAAAGCAACUGAAGAUAUCCAUAAUUUAAUGUCAUUGGCCAAGAAGUCUCCUGUUCCAAAAACUAUGGCUAAUUAUUACCAAAAAUUAGCUAUGGUUUUCUGGAAAGCUGGUUAUAAUUUAUUCCACGCUGCAGCUCUUUUAAAACUUUUCCAACUCAGCAAAGAAAUGAAGAAAAAUAUUACUGCUGAAGAACUUCAAAAAAUGGCUUCUCGAGUUUUGUUGGCUACAUUAGCUGUACCAUUACCAUCUGCCCAUCCUGAAUUUGAUCGCUUUAUUGAAACUGAUAAAAGUCCUUAUGAAAAAGCACAAAAACUUGCUGUUCUUCUAAGUCUUCCUGCCCCGCCUACAAGAAUUUCUCUUAUGAAAGAAGUUGUUCGUCAUAAUGUAGUUGCUUUAGCAUCUGAGGAUUUGCGUAAUCUUUACAUGUGGCUAGAAGUAGAUUUUCAACCUUUAGAACUAUGCAAACGUGUUGAAACUGUAACUGAUCCACUUAUUGGUAGUGGUAGUGAAUUGGAAGGAUAUGUUGCUCCUGUACGUGAAGUAACAUUGGCUCGAUUAAUUCGACAACUUUCUCAAAUUUAUGACACACUUGAAUAUAAACGGCUCUUAGAAUUAGCAUCCUACUGUAAGCCUUUCCAUAUGGAACGUGUGUUAGUUGAUUUGGUUCGUCAUAACGAUAUGCAGAUUCGUAUUGAUCAUGGAAAAGGAUGCAUUCAAUUUGGAAUGGACUUGUCUGAAUCACAACGGGAAGACAAACCAGAAGGACCAACUCUGCAAACAAUGCCUAGUGAACAAAUUCGUACAUACCUAAUUAAUACUUUUAAAGUAUUAUCUAAAUCUGCUAGUAUUAUCAAUCCAGAAGCUAACAAGGAUGAAUGCAAACAAAUUCACCAAUCUCUUAUUAGACAUCAUCAUGAAACCAAAGAUAAAGAACAUCAAAGGAUAUUGGCCCGCCACAAAAUAAUUGAAGAUCGUAAAGAAUACUUAGAAAGAUUGAAUACUGUUCGAGAAGAAGAAGAGGCUCGUCGAGCUGAUGAAAUUGCUAAGGCUGCUGCUGCAGCCGAAGCAAGACGAUUAGAUGCUGAACGUGAAGAAAGAGAAAAAAGACGCCAAGAAUCUGAAUUACAAGCUAUUAAAGAUAGGAAUUUCAAAGAAAAAAUGCAACAAAUAUCUCUAACAGCUCAUGGUCAAAAAGUUUUAAAAAAACUGAAUGAAGAUGCUCUUAAAAACAUGGAUGCCGAUGAGAUUGCUGCUAAAGAAGCUGAAGAAUUGGCAAAGGAAAGAGCAGAAUUGGUACAAAAAUUGAAAAAUCGUAGAAAACAAAUGGAUUAUUUUGAAAGAGCAAAAAGAAUAGAAGAAAUCCCCUUAUUAGAACAGGCAUGGAAAGAAAAACAAGUUCAUGAUAAAAAGUUCUGGGAACUUCAAGAAGCUGAACGUAUUCAGUUAGCCAAUCAAGAACGGAAACUGGCAGAACAAAACCGAGAAAGAUUGGCUAGAAUGAAGCCAGACAUGGACAUAUUCCUUGGAGAAAUGAAGGAACGUCGCACAGCUGAGUUCCAAACUAAAUUGGUGGUGUUUGAAGAAGAGUUAAUUUUUAUUCGUAAAGAAAGGUUGGCAAUAAGGAAAGAAGAAAGGAGAAUAGCAUUGAUUAAACAACGUGAAGAGGAAAAGAGACGUAAAGAAGAAGAAGAAUGGUUGCGUAAGGAAGAAGAAAGAAAGAAAAAAGAAGAAGAAGAAAAAAAGAAAAAAGAAGAAGAAGAGCGUUUGGCUAAUUUGGCCCGUCAAGAACAACUUGAACGACAAGCUGAAAUUCAACGUAAAAAAGAAGAAGAAGUACAACGAAAAUUGGAAGAAAAAAAUAAAAGCCUUUCUUCGUCAAAUUCAGCAUCGUCUUCUUGGAGAAAUGUGGAUAAAAACAAAGAUGAUCAAAAAUUAUUUGGCCCUUCACGAGAUAAUAAGGAUAGAAGAGAAGGAGGAUUUGCGCGAAAUAGGGAUGAUGGUCCACCAUCUGAACGUCGGUCCUUGUUUAGUAGAGGCAAUGAAGAACGCAAGGGAGGAGUGUUUAGUUCAAGAGACAAUGACCGUGGUGGUUGGAAUCGUGGUGGAGGUGCCAGUAGUGGCGGUGCUUUUGAUAAAAAUUUCAAAGAUGGUCCUAGAGAUGGAGUCCGCUCUGCUUUUGACAGGGACACACCUAGAAAGCGAGAAAUACCUUCAUCAAAUGAUCAAGGUGGAGGAAGUUCAUGGCGUACCAGUCGCGCUCAAGACUCUGAGGACAAACGAAAGGCCAAGUGAUUUUAAAAUGACUGUUAAUGAAAUUAUUCGGCAUCAUUUUUUUUUUCUAAAUCUGAUAUAUUCAUAUUUAUAAUUAUUUUCUUAUUAUUUAAAUGUAGAACUUUUGAGCUAUGGUCAUGUUUUUUUUAUCUUAACAUUUACAAAUAAUUAUAUAUAUAUUAAAUAUAAUAAUAAUACAUUUGUUUAUGUAUGACAUUCAUAUAGCUACAUAAAUAAACAUAAUAUAUUAGAUUUAAUUGUGUGUGACAAUAUCAAUUGUAUUGUAUAAUAUAUUGUGUUUAUGUUACAUAGAGAAUGUACAACUUUUAAUGUUUGAUUUUAUGAUUUUGAAUCAUCAAAUUUACUUACUUGUUGUACAUGGUAGGCAGAUUGUUUUUGUAUAUUUGGCUACAGCCAAGUGUGGGGAGAAUACAACCCACCAUUUAUUACUUUGGAUACAAAGGAUACCUUGUGAUUUGUAUACUUGAGUCUCCACUAUUUUUGAUUUACUUUGGUAUUCUCAGAUGGAAAUUUUUACAAUAUAAAUAUUCUGAAAAAAUUAUUUUCUUUUAUUUUUAGAUCAUAUACAAUAAUUAUCUUUUUAAAAUUAACACAGAUUUAUUAUUAGCUUUCUUUUUAUGCUUUCAUUGCAUUUUUUAAGUGUUGUCAAAUAUAAUUGUCACGGAUUGCCAUUAACCUGAUGUUAGUUGUGCUAGAGUUUGUAAAUAUAAAAUAAAUUCAUUGAUAUUUCAAAUAAGAACAGGGUUCGACGGCAACCAGUUAACAUCGUGCGGCGAUCAGACAAUACCCGUUUGUCCUAACCUAUCUGUAUGUCUGCUGUGUUAAGCACAAGUUGCUCGCCGAAGCCUGUUCUUAUUUGGACUAUAUACCUAUUAAGAAGUUAAUUAAAGUUAAAUAAAUAAAAACAAAAAUACAUAAUUUAAAAUCAUGAUAUUAUGGACUAUGGAUACUGUCAACUGAUAAAUAACUUAUAUUUGUAUAUUAUUUACAAAUUGAUGAAGUGAUUAUUAACUUUUAUGUAUAAAGCUAAUAUUUUAAUUGAUCUAUUUAUUACUUAAUUAUUUUGGUUUUCUUAUCCUACUUUUUUUUCUCUAAAAUAUCCUUAAAUUGGUUUUAAGUAAAUAACAUUUUGUAAAUUAUUAGAUAAUAGUUAACAUAUUUUUUUAAUAUAAACUACAAAGUGUAAAUGUUUUAUGACAUUGACUUGUGUCAAUAAAAAAAAUAUAUGAAAUAACUUCUUUUAUACUUGAUUAUUAAAAUGCAGUCAAAAAGUCUGAAGUGUGAUUAAAAAACAUAUACUAUACACUAGUACGACUAAUGUCUGGUUAAAAUAUAUUGAAGUGUUAUUAAUGUUGGCUUAAAAACAAUGAUUAUCUUUAAAAUUGUAUGCAAAAUUUUUAGACCUUUAUAUAAUACAGUGAUACAGUAUUGUAUAAAAGUCUGUGACUCAAUUGUUGAAGUCCCCAACACUUAGUUUUGUAUAUUUUAUUAUAAUUUUGUAAAACAAAUAAACUGCGCUAUUUUUUAAACUAAAA